CGGAUCUGCCCGACGGGGCUCGCUGGGGCGGCCAGGGGAGAGCGAGCGCGGCAGUCCGGGUCCGGGUCCGCGAGCCACGGCGCGCGCGGCACUGCGGGGGCCAUGAACCCGGCGCGAGCCUCGUCGCCCGGCCCCCCCGAGGAGAGCCGCCCCUGGACGUCGAGCGAGGUGCAGGCGCUCCUGGCCGUCUGGGCCGACCCUGUGAUCCAGGACGAGCUGGACUCGUGCGUCAGGAACGAGAAGGUCUUCGCCAAAAUACAAAUCCGGCUGCUGCAGACGAGCGGCAGCAGCCGCAGCGUGAAGCAGGUGCGAGAGAAGAUCAAGCGGCUCAAGGCCGACUACAAGCGGGUCAAGGAGCAGAGCAGGCGCGGCGGUGGCGGAGGAGGGGGCAGAGACGCCGCCCGGUGUAAGCACUUCGAGAUCAUGGACGCGGUGCUGGGCCGUGAGGGGGGCCCGAGCCCCCCAGCGGGCGUCACCGACUCGCGCGGCGUGGCGGGGGCUGCCGCGGAGCCGCCGCCCGUGAAGUCGGAGCCCGCCUACGGAGAUUCGUGUGACCCGCGCUGCACUGAGGUAGCAGCCGCUGCCGACUCGCUGUGCGGCGAAGAGGAGGGGGAUGAGGAGGUGGAGGAGGAUAAGAAACCGGAGGUCGUUCACCUCCCACCUCCUCGUGCUCCACCCCCAAACUCGGCCUCAAGCUCCACAAACACUCGCCGAGGGGUCACGAGACGGCACAACUGGGGGUCAAAGCGCGAACGUGCGGCGGCGGCCUCCGUGUGGGCGCGCUGCGCGAGGGAGUUGGGCGCGCUGCUUGUGCAGGAGCUGCGCGCCGACCGGGAGCUGCGCCAGCAACAGCUCCGACAGCUGCUCGACUUCAAGCGAGAGCAGCUGCGGGCCGAGCAGCAGCAGCGGGCGCUCGAGCUCUCGAGCUACAACGCCUCCAACGUGCAGCUCGUGUCCAUCCUGGGCCAGAUCGUCACGGCCCUCGUGGCCGCGGCGGCGACGGCCCGGGACGGCGGUGUGAGGCAGCCCCCGUAGCGGAGGGCUGCAGCCUCGCGUGAAUACGGAACGCACGGCCACUGUGGUUCGUGUGAUGGCGACGGUUUGGAGGAACAGCUGGCAAAAGUGAACGCAAUCAGAAGGUUACGAGUGCCAGUCUCGGUUGGGGUUGAGUUUGCCCAUCACACUUAGUGAAUCAAAAAAAUAAGUACCACGUUUGUGGAAGGUCAACAACAGUGGUUGUCUUUUGGAGAGACUGACCCCUGCCAUAGGAAUGUAGAAUUCCCAGCGCUGGCUCACGGUCACCAAUAGCGAUGCACACCGCACAGCAGCAAUAUUUUGAGAAGGGAGUUUCCUCUAGGACUUGAAUUUGUAUCGUUUUAAAUAACGUCAUGUUUUACUUUGAAAACUUGAGCACCAGCGUUAUCAGGUUGACUGAGUCGAUUAGGCUCUGGUAAAUGUCUGCAAAUCAGCACCGGAUUGUUCAGACUACAGCGGCGCGGGUUGCGGCUCAGCAGCAGCUCGGCGAUGUUUCACGAUAAAGGCCCCGAGUCUGUUGCGUUAAAGUUCCGUGGUUGGCACGCAGACAUCAGGGCAGUUUACAAGUUGUUGGUGAGAGUCUGCAUCGUGUUAAUAGUGCCAGCAAUUGUCCGAUUAGGCUUUAUUGAUGAUGCCAAUAUCAAGAUUGUUUAUUUUUUUUACCAAAUGUGCCAACAGUGAUGCUGUACAUGUGACAUGCGCGGUUUAUUAAAGAGGACUGCUCCUAA